AUGUCUUUCAAACUUACGAUUGCCCCCGUUAAGCCUGCGGACAUUCCUGCUCAACCAGUAAUCCUCUCCGCAGGAGAAUCCCUCCUCAAAUCAACUUCGUCCUGGAAACCAGGCAAAACCUACCAUAAAACGGUCAAAACCUACUCGCGGGGCAAGGAAACGGGCGACGGGGCUCCAUGGCAUUGCCGCGUCAGCGAACACCCCCCCGCCGAAGCUACGUUUGACCAGAUGUGGAGCAAGCUAGGCACGGACAAGGCUGUGAACGAGAAAGAAUACGUCUCAGAUAUCAACAAGGUUGCCAAAGUCAAAGACAUCUCCCCCACGCAAUCGAUCUGGACCUUGUAUUACAAGUUUACGCCGCCCAUCCAGCCACGCGUGUUUACUGUCCUUCAAGUCGUGCACUUGACUGAGACUUCGCCCCGUACUGGGACGGUUGUUUCUAUUCCGAUUGAUCUAUCAUCGCCGGAAGAUGCUGACCUUGCGAAGCUGGAAGAAAAAGGUGUCAAGGGUCGGUAUGUCAGCGUGGAACAGUUGAUCGAGCUGGAAAAUGGGAACACAGAGUGGCGCAUGGCAACUUCGAGCACACCUGGAGGCCUCAUACCCUCUUUCUUGGCAGAGGCUACGAUGAAUAGUACAAUUGCUGAGGAUGUGCCUCAUUUCAUGAAAUGGCUUCAUAGUUUGCCCUCGGAAUCCAAAUGA